UUUAUCUCCCUUUAAGAUAUGUUUUAUUUACUUCCUCCUCACCCUUAAACUUUGAGAAAAGAUACCCGGGCUAUGGAGGUUCCAGGGAAGAAACUGCAGGCAGGGCCGUCUGCAGAGGACACAACCUACUGCCAGCCUUGUGAACAAGAUGACGAAAUCCUCCCUGCUGAGGUUUACUGUACCGUCUGCAAAGAGUUCCUCUGCUCUAGUUGCGCAAGUGUCCAUAGAAAACUCAAAAUGUCUAGAUCGCAUUUCCUUCUUGACAAAUCAAAUAUGCCUACAUCUAUCGGUGACCAUGGAGUUGAAUAUGAAUGCACAGAGCCUUGUGAUAUCCAUCCGAAAGAGUCUAUCAAAUACUUUUGCAGCUCCCAUCAGACCCUCAUUUGUGGACACUGUGCAGUACAAAACCAUCGAUCGUGUCAUGCUGAUGUCAUAUCAGAUAUAUCCAAAGCCUUCAAAGAUGGAAAAGAGUAUGGGGAUGUUAUGAAAACAACUGCCAGGUUAUUUGAAGACAUAAAUUUAUUCGCGUCUGAUGUAGAGAAAAACGUUGACGUUGUAGCAAAGUUAUGUGAAAAUGAAGUUGACAAGCUGAGAAGAUACCGAGAGGAAGUAAACAAGUUUGUUGAAGAAAGAGAACAGGCACUGUUAAAGCUUAUAGAGAAGAUGAAAAACAUGGACGAAGAACUACUAGGGUCUCUGAAACCGAAAUAUACAAACUUGAAGUCCAAGCUGGAAGAAAUAAAUAUCACACUCGAAGCACAAGGAAAUAACAUGAUACAAUUGUUCAUUGAAACCAAAAGGGUCAAGAAACUACUAGAGGGCCUGCAGAAUGAGCUUGCUGACAUUAAAAAGGAAAACGUAAUUCACCACUAUGAAUUCAGAAAGGAUCCAGCCACAGAGCGUCUUAUUGCAUCUGACACUGGCCUUGGGACAUUAGAAAACAUUAUGACUGAAAACACAACCACAUCAGCAGAGAGCGACCAUGGCACAACAGGACUCACAGUUCAGAGAGAUGGGCAAAUGAAAACCAUUGUAGCUGCCGAACACACAGUGACUCAGACUACUGACAAGCCUGUAUUACGGUUAACACCAGCUAUGGACAUUCCAAUGAAGUCUCCAACUGACAAGAUGGAAUGCAGCCUGUCUGGCAUGCUCCAGCUUGCCGGGUCCAGACUGCUGAUGACUGACUUUUACAACAACAAAGUCAAGGUGGUGGAUAUGCAGACCAACAGCCUGGUCUCCCAGAUCAGUGUACCGGGUCAGCCAUGGGAAACAUGUCAUCUUCCCGGUGACAGGGUGGCUGUUACUUUGUCCUUUAAAGGUAUUCAGUUCCUGAAGACUCGAGGUAAACUCGUUCUUGGUGACCAUAUUAAUGUGCAUGGUGACCUCCGAGGUAUUGCUUACCAUGAAGAUAGGUUGAUAGUAUCCCACUGCAAUGGCGUGUUAGAGGUACUGAAUCUGAAAGGGCAUUCUAUAAGACGGAUAUUUGCGGAUGGAAAUGGACCUUUCUUCAAAUUUCCUCUCUACUUAACAGUGGUGUGUGAAGGUUCGACUGCUUUCAUCUACGUAUCAGACAUUAGCAGGAACACGAUCACAAAGCUCAAUAUGAAUCUAAACAUCGUCAAGAGGUUGCAGGACCCUGCAUUGAAAGAACCAAGAGGUAUCACUGCACUCGAUGACCAACUGUUAAUCUCUGGUUGUGAAAGUAGCACCAUUAUGAUACUUGAUUUGUCCACUUAUCAGAUGACACAACUGAUGGGGGAGAAGGAGGGGAUACGAAAACCACUGUUCGCCUACUACUCACAGCAACAAAGCAUACUUCUUGUCGCGGAAACCAAUAACAAUUCAUUAAAGGUGUACAGUACAAUUGAAUAAUGUUAUUUGUAUUGAACACCGGAUCGUUUUAGUUUUUAGUAAAGAACACUUACUCAUUUUUAUUUGAUGAUUUUGCUUUAUUUGCAUUCAAAGGAUUUAUAUUCUAACAGAAAUGUAUGCUACUUUAUGUGCAUAUAAGUUAAUUUCUUUACGCUGCAAUUAAUUACCUGAAAAAUGAUUAUCAGUAUAUGUUUAUUUCUUAAUUGUAUUGGAAGCAAUUGUGAUGAUUUGUUUUUAAUCAACCAAAGAUGAACCAUCCACAUUCAAUGUAUGAUAUUGUACCAUGUUUUCGCUGUCCGUUUUUGUAUUUUCCUUUGUCAUUAGCAUCUCCUUUAAUAUUAGUCUUAACUUUAAAUAUCUAAAAUCUGUAGAAACAACACUGAUACUAACAUAAUAAUUUUCAUUUCUUUCAGAGUUUUAAUAUACAUUAAAAUAAAAAGG